AUGGCUAAGUAUUUUUCCUUCAGUGUUGAUUCCACACCGGAUAUUAGUCAUACUGAUCAGCUGAUAUUUACUGUGCGCUAUGUGCUGAAUAACUGCACACCUGUAGAACGCUUCUUGAAUUUUGUUCCAGUUACAUUGCAUACAGCUCUUCAUCUGUUUAAUGUUAUCAAUGAAAUCCUAAGUAAUGAACUAAAUAUCAAUCUAAAGGACUGCAGAGGUCAAACAUAUGGCAAUGCUAGUAACAUGUCUGGCAUUUAUUCUGGUUCAACUUAUCGCUGGGGCCUGUUGCAAGAUUCUCUGAAAGAGGAGACAUCUGAGACCAGUAAGAGAGAACUUCUCCCAAAGCACCUCAGUGAUACAAGGUGGUCAGCUCGAGUGGAUGCACUUGACAGUUUAUCAUGCAACUACAAAAGCUAUAAAUCCGUGCUUCAGGCUUUUGGUCCGGACACUGUGCAGAACAGUGAAAAACGAGCAGAGGCAAACUCAUUAGUUGAAACCAUGGAUCAGCUGGAGACUGCAUUAAUGACAACAUUUUGGAGUAGUAUUCUUACAAGAGUAAAGCAACAGCAUCAUCCAAAGCGUAUGGCUGAUGAUAGUGAAGAACCUGCUGUUGUGCUGACAGGGGAAAAGACAUUCAAACUUGAAUCAUUCUACACCAUAAUUGAUUCACUUGUCAGCCAUCUCAACAGAAGAAUGCAUGCACAUUCAGAAAUAAACAAACAACAUUUCUGUUUCUUAACAGGUGACCUUGACAGUACUGCUGUUAAAGAGCCUCUCAGAAGAUUAAUUGAAUUCUACUCAGGUAACCUCAAUGAAGAGAUCUUUGAAGAAUGGCAGAUACAAGGAACAAUCUUCCCAGCUCCAAAUUUCAAUCCAGUUAUAGAUGCCCAGAUGCUUGGGGGAGCCCUACAGGGAAUAGGUUGUGAAAAGGACAUGGUGAUUGAUAUUCUAACACAGCGUUGCAAUGCACAAAGACUUAUGAUUGCAGAGGCUUACAGGGAAAUGUAUGGCAGGGAUUUGAUUAUGGACCUGAAAGAGAAUCUCUCUCAUCACUUCAAAGACAUUAUGGUUGGCCUGAUGUAUCCACCUGCAUCCUAUGAUGCCCAUGAGCUCUGGCAUGCUAUGAAGGGAGCAGACAUGGAAGAGAACUGUCUUAUUGAUAUACUAGCCUCAAGAUCAAAUGGGGAGAUCUUCCAAAUGAAAGAAGCCUACUUAAUGCAAUACAACAAUGAUCUUCAACAAGACAUUUAUUCUGAGACUUCAGGCCACUUCAGAGACACACUUAUGAACCUCGCUCAGGGAACCCGAGAGGAAGGGUAUGCAGAUCCUGCUAUGGCUGUUCAGGAUGCAAUGGUCCUAUGGGAAGCAUGUCAGCAGAAAACAGGGGAACACAAAAACAUGAUACAAAUGAUCUUGUGCAACAAGAGUUACCAGCAGUUGUGGAUGGUUUUUCAGGAGUUCCAAAAUAUCUCUGGGCAAGAUAUAGUAGAUGCUAUUAAUGAAUGUUACGAUGGAUUCUUUCAAGAACUGCUGGUAGCAAUAGUUCUCUGUGUUCGAGAUAAACCUUCCUAUUUUGCAUAUAGGCUUUACAAUGCAAUCCAUGAGUAUGGUUUCCAUAAUAAAACUGUUAUCAGGAUUCUGAUUGCCAGAAGUGAAAUAGAUCUGAUGAAUAUAAGACGACGAUACAAAGAGAGAUAUGGGAAAUCUCUGUUUCAUGAUAUCAAACAUUUUGCUUCAGGACAUUAUGAGACAGCUUUACUUGCCAUCUGUGCUGGUGAUGCUGAAGAUUAUUAAAGGAAGAAGAUAAUGAAUUUUGAAAGCUGUAUGGAUCCAUUUUUAAUAAAAAUCCAAGCCAGGCACA